AUGGCUUGUACUGGAAAACGCUCCAUAGCCCAAGGAAUCCAUGCCUCGAUUGACUACAAUGAUAAGCUAGAUCAGUCGGACGACGACAGUAACGGGGACUCAGACGCUAGCUACGACGCCGAUUUUUGGACCGAGGAAGAAUACGUCGAAGCCACCAAGGAAAUUCAGAAGAUUUGCAAAAACUCGAAGCAUGUUUCGCAGUUUUUGCGGUUUGGUGGCGCUGGUUAUAAAUUCAGUGUCUCUCACCAAUUCGAGAGCAGCUCUGAAGUAGCCCGCUGCGCAGUUCAACCUGGUAAUGUCGAUGACUUGAAAAAGAUCAUGAAGGUCUUCAAGUCGUAUGAUAAAGUGAAAUUUGCGGUCAAAGGGGGUGGACAUUCCACCAAUCCUGGUUUCAGCUCUACUACAGGCAUCCAGAUCUCCAUGGCCAAUUUCAACGAACUCGAAUAUAACAGCAAAACCCAGAAUCUACGCAUCGGAGCAGGAUGCCUCUUCGAUGAGGUCUACAAGGAAAUAGCCCAGUAUAAGCGAAACAUCGUCGGCGGGGCUACCGCUGCUGGUGUCGGAGUGGCUGGUUGGCUGCUGGGCGGUGGUUACUCUCUCUUGACCAACCAGUACGGUCUUGGAAUAGAUAAUCUAGUCGAGGUUCAAGUCGUCUUGUGCAAUGGAGAAUCAGUGAAGGCAUCCGCUGAACGCAAUAGUGACCUUUUCUUUGCUAUAAGAGGGGGCGGGAACAACUUCGGCAUUGUUACUUCAUUCACUGUCAAAACCUAUCCUCUGGGGCCUAUAUACCGGAACAUGUUGACGUUUCCAAUGGAUAAGGCCACAAAGGUGAAGGAGGCAAUUAUGAACUACAUUAAUAGGUGCAAAGACAAGAAGGCAGCGAUCAGAGCUGCAUACAGACAUUUCUGCAUCCGCGGGGAGGAUGUGCAGAAGAUCACUGUUGACCUUUUCUUUGAUGGGCCGCUUCCUUCCGACAAUCCUUUUGAGGAGCUCCUCGAAAUCUCUGACGAGAAAUGGAUUGAUCACGAGUUCCAGGAUGGAGCGGACAAAAAGCUUUCUGAAAACUUUGCAUUCAUGGACCAGCUUUUUUCCAAUAUCCAUAAUCCGUCCAGCAUCACCGCAGCGCCGUUGCAUUGUCCAGUUUAUGGGACGCCGCUCUCUUUACAGACAUACGCGAAGAAUCCUCAUGGAGCCGGUGUCGGUGAAGAGAAUGUUAGGGUGCGUUGGGGGACCGUGAUGGUUUCGCACUUCACCCGAAAGCUAUUGGAUGAGAUCGAGAACCAAUCAAAGCUCGCUGCCAGCAAGAUGAAGGACAACCAAGGAAAGUCAGCCCACUUUCCGCCUGCCUGGCCGCACCACAAAGGUCAGCCGAAUGGGCCGUUGUUCGUCUCCUUCCAAUGGGAAGGAGAAAGCAACGAUAAGUACUGGAUCGGGCUUAUGGUGCAGAUCCUGCGGUCUAUUCGAAAGGUGGCAGAGGCAGAGGGGUGCACUAAUGAAAACUUGCCCAACUAUUGCAACCUGUCGCUCGCCGAUACUCCAGUCAAGGACAUCUACAAGAACAAUUUGUCAAAGCUUAUGACAAUCCGCGCAAAGUACGAUCCUGACGACAUGAUGGGAAGAACUGGCGGGUUUAGGAUUCCUUUGGCGUUGUAGUGAAACUCAUUCAUUUUUACC